ACAUAAUAAUUAAAGUCUUCUUCUUCUUCUUCUUCUCUACAAAUUAUCUCACUCUCUUCGUUUUUUUUUCCUUCUCAACAAUGGCGACUUCUUCUACUUUCUCGUCACUACUACCUUCACCACCAGCUCUUCUUUCCGACCACCGUUCUCCUCCACCAUCCAUCAGAUACUCCUUUUCUCCCUUAACUACUCCAAAAUCGUCUCGUUUGGGUUUCACUGUACCGGAGAAGAGAAACCUCGCUGCUAAUUCGUCUCUCGUUGAAGUAUCCAUUGGCGGAGAAAGUGACCCACCACCAUCAUCAUCUGGAUCAGGAGGAGACGACAAGCAAAUUGCAUUACUCAAACUCAAAUUACUUAGUGUAGUUUCGGGAUUAAACAGAGGACUUGUGGCGAGUGUUGAUGAUUUAGAAAGAGCUGAAGUGGCUGCUAAAGAACUUGAAACUGCUGGGGGACCGGUUGAUUUAACCGAUGAUCUUGAUAAGCUUCAAGGGAAAUGGAGGCUGUUGUAUAGUAGUGCGUUCUCUUCUCGGUCUUUAGGUGGUAGCCGUCCUGGUCUACCUACUGGACGUUUGAUCCCUGUUACUCUUGGCCAGGUAAUUCUUGAAUCAUUGCUCUGUUUUUACCCGUCAAGAUUCGGUUUUUCGGGUAAGUUGUUGAGGAGUUUAUGUGCAUGGUCUAGUCUAUCAUCAAUAGUCUUGCUUGAGUUUGAAUGGGGCUGAGCUAAGAAUCUAGCUUUCUGAGGUUACAAUUUGGUAAUGUCAUCUUAUACUCGAAAGCAAACUUUUUUCUAUAUUGUCAAGUUUAUGUGUACGGUCUGGUCUAUCAUUGGUAGUCUUUGUUGAGCUUGAAUGGUGAGGAGCUUAGAAUCUAGCAAUGUCAUCUACUCCUUAAUCAUUUUUUUCUAUAUUGCCAAGUUUAUGUGUACGGUCUUAGUCAAUCAUCUUUAUUCUUGGUUGAGUUUGAAUGGUGAUGAGCUUAGAAUCUAGCUUUCUUUGGUUUAAAUUUGGCAAAGAACCAUACCUGAAUCGGUAGAAAGCAAACUUCUUUAAUAUUAUCUCUUGUUUCUGAAUCAUUAAAACAGGUGUUUCAACGGAUUGAUGUGUUUAGCAAAGAUUUUGAUAACAUAGCAGAGGUGGAAUUAGGAGCCCCUUGGCCAUUUCCGCCAUUAGAAGCCACUGCGACAUUGGCACACAAGUUUGAACUCUUAGGUUUGCAUUUCCCUUUCUCUCAUUAAGUUUAUCGAAUUGUGUAAGAGCAAAAUAACUUAUCUGUAUCUUUGACAUUUAUGGGGAAAACAGGCACUUGCAAGAUCAAGAUAACAUUUGAGAAAACAACUGUGAAGACAUCGGGAAACUUGUCGCAGAUUCCUCCGUUUGAUAUCCCGAGGCUUCCCGACAGUUUCAGACCAUCGUCAAACCCUGGAACUGGGGAUUUCGAAGUUACCUAUGUUGAUGAUACCAUGCGCAUAACUCGCGGGGACAGAGGUGAACUUAGGGUAUUCGUCAUUGCUUAAUUCUCAAAGCUUUGACAUGUAAAGAUAAAUAAAUACUUUCUGCUUGAUGCAGUCUCAUGAGUUUUGUACAAAUCAUGUGAACAUAUAAAUGCGCUUUAUAAGUAAAUGAGUGUCUUGUUCAAUGAAUCAUAUGAAAGAAUUUGUAUGACUCAGAAAAUUGGACAAUGAUAUAGACCUUCCAAAUUUUGCACC